AUGCGUAUCGCUGCUGUUCAAUUCCACAUUGACCACAAGAACAAGGAGGUGAACUGGUCCAGGGCAGAAGACUUCAUGAUGGAUGCUGCCAAGCAAAAGGCAGACUUGAUUGUGUUUCCAGAGUAUUUCGUUGGCGGACCUGGCAAACACAUGGUAGAAAAGACGGCUCCAGGUGAAGCUGUCAACCGCUUCAGCGCAUUAGCCAGAAAGUAUGAAAUGGACAUUGUGCCCGGUACCUUGACAGAACGUGAUCCUACAGAUGGACAUGUCUACAACACUGCUCAUUACAUUGACAAAUCAGGCAAUGUGCUGCUAACUUACAGAAAAGUGCACCUGUGGCAUCCUGAGCGUCAAUACAUGAAGAAGGGAGAGAACGGCUUUUCCACUGUCAAGAAUAGAUUUGGCAUCGAGAUUGGAUUGUGCAUCUGCUGGGACAUUGCCUUUCCAGAAGUCUUUCGAGAGUUGGCUAUGAAGAGAAAGGCUCAAUUGAUCAUUGCACCCGCGUAUUGGAGUCUGGAUGAUGGUGGCGAAUUGGCUGUGGCUGAAGACCCUCUUUCAGAAGCCAAAAUGCUAAACUCGAUCAGUACUGCUCGUUGUUUUGAAAAUGGCAUCGUUUUUGUGCUCUGUAACCCUGCAAAUGAUGGCCAAGUAGAAAGAAAGCAGCCCUUUGGUACCAUGGCUGGACGCACUCAAAUUGCUGUUCCCUUCAAGGGCCCUGUAGCUCAUUGCGAUCAUGAACGUGAAGAGAUGAUUAUGGCCGAUGUAGACAUCAAGACGAUCACAGAGCAUGCUGAAGAAGUGUACAAGGUUAGACAAGAUUGGGACGCAGGAUUAGUGUAUGGCGGGUCUGCAAACUGUGGAAAAUCGAGUAGAAUCUAG